GGUAGCUGUCAAAGACAAUAGUUGCGCAACUGACCGGUAAUUUUAGCGUAUAAAAGCAAAUUUGCACGUGUCUUGAUGCUACAUUCAUCGUUUCACACAUCCAGUUAUAUAUUUUAUCGAAUUAGACAGCUUUCUUCACAACAUCUAUAAAAUCAUUGGUGCAUUGAACAGUUUUACAUUCAGUGGAUCUAAACGAAUCUGGGUGAUUAAGAAAUUUACAUUGUAAGAUAUGGCAGCAUCUGAAAGAACACCGUUACUAGUUAAUGCAGUCGAGAGCCAAUCAAAGGAUGCGAUAGUACCAACAUCUCCAACCGGAACGGCUGAAUUCUCAUUCAAAAGUGUAGAUAGACGGAAAAAAUUCAUCUUGGUGUCCAUGGGGUUUGUGAACUUUUGCGCCUCAUGCUGUUUUUCACUUCUAGCACCAUUCUUUCCAAUAGAGGCUGGACAUAAAGGUGCCUCUCAAAGUGUAGUAGGUCUUAUUUUCGGCGUGUUUGAACUUGUUAUAUUUAUAUCAUCACCUAUAUUUGGUAAUUAUAUAUCCAAGAUAGGAUGUAAAUUUAUGUUUAUAUCUGGUAUAAUGGUAUGUGGAUCAUGUGCUAUAUUAUUUGGAUUAUUAGACAAAUGUCCUGACGGCACAAUGUUUAUUGUGAUGUGCUUUCUAUGUCGGUCUAUCGAAGCCCUCGGCUGCUCUGCGUUCGUAACAGCGCUAUUCGCUAUACUAGCCCACGAGUUUCCAGACAGUGUUAUAACUGUAAUGGGUUCUUUAGAGACAUUUAGUGGUCUUGGAAUGAUGGUAGGGCCUCCUAUAGGUGGCGCUCUCUAUGAGCUUGGUGGUUAUGGUCUGCCAUUUUUUGUCAUGGGAUCAGUUGUUAUUUUUUGUGGAGUACUUGUAACUCUCGUCAUGCCAACCAUAGAAGAUAGCAAAAGGAGAUUUAAGGGAACUAUAUUUGGACUGCUCAAAAGUCCUAUGAUACUUGUUACAUUCCUAAAUAUAAGUGCUGGAAGUAUAGCCCUAGGAUUUAUGGACCCAACACUAGCUAACCAUUUACUACGGUUUGAUCUGAAGACUUGGGUAGUAGGAAUGAUGUUUCUAAUAGCACCAGCUGUAUAUGGUCUCACCGCACCAUUUUGGGGAUAUCUUGGAGAUAAAAAGGGAAAAGUAAGGCUGAUGAUUGGGGGAGGUAACUUGUUUGCUGUAACUGCAUGGUUACUUCUUGGUCCUGCGCCGUUUCUGCCCUUUAUUCCCGAUGCCUUGUAUGUGAAUAUUAUAUCUCUAUUAUUGAUUGGACUGUGUAUUGGCUGUUCUUUAAUACCUACAUUUAAAGCAUUACUCAUUGGAGCCAACUCCUUAGGGUUACCUAAUGAUAUUGAUACUUAUGGAAAGGUAUCUGGUUUCUUCAAUUCUAGUUUUUCUUUCGGAGCAUUUUUUGGACCCACCAUAGGAGGUGUAAUGGUACAAAAGUUUGGGUUUCCAUGGGCCUCUUGUGGUAUCGCAGCAAUGCUGUGUAUAGGGGGCGGGCUGAUGCUAAUAUACCUGUGUGUUGUUCCAGUUUUACCAAGUCUGCCAGGGGAAACUCCAUUUGAUGCCAACAUUAACAUAGAAAAAUCUAAAGACAUUACUAAAAUUUCAUCUACGUCAGAAACUACAGAAACCACUUUAUUGAAUUCUAAUGAAAAUAAAACUGAUUUAAAUGUUUGAAACUAGCGUGAAACCAAAAACUUAUAUACAAAGUGCAGUGAACUGUGAUGAAUUUUACGUCAAUUGCAAGCAUUUGUAAAAAAAUGUGGAAACCGGCUUCGGGUUUGCAUAUACUGAGUAUAAAUAAUGAUGCUUUUUGACAUCUGGAAGAAAAAUAUAGAAUUAUUCAUGAUAAAUUGUUAAAAAAGCAAGCUCUAUGCUGAAUAGUCUGAGUACUUUGGUUGUUGGUGAAGAGAUUUUUUUGUAUUUCCCCCUAAACAAUAGAGGCAUAUAGGAUAAAAAUAUAUGCCCAAGCACCUUGUUAAAUUUUUGUGUUUCCGGUGAUAUACAAUGGUAAAAGAAACUGGAUUAGGUUUUGGUGAUAUAUAACAGUUAAAGCAACUAGAUUAAGUUUUGGGGUCAUAUAAUGGUAAAAUCAGUAUAUUAACUCUGUAUGACUGGAAUGAAAGGGCCAUGGUCCUCAGUUCAACAAACGAAAAAUAAGAAAAUAAAAGGUCCCCUAAGCAUAUUUUGUGUAGAAUGUUAAUCUGAGGGUUUUUCUGCAAGGGCUUUUUUUCUCUGUUACCCAAUUUCAAUACUUUAGGUUAUAUGCUGAAAGGGGUAUGUUUGUGUAUCAAACAAUUCCUUUUUUGGUUUCCGUGCAUUAAGCUGGUUGUGGAAGUUAAUCUUUUUUCUCUGAACUUUUUUGGUUUUUUUUGUUUGUAUAUUAAAUUGUAAGUCAGGUAUAAAGCUCUUGUUUAUUGUUUAAAGUCUUGCAGUUAUUUGUAAGAUGUCUAUUGCAUUGAUUUUUGGUUGUUUUUUUUUUUUACAAAGUUAUUUUUACCAUGAAUUUAGUCAUACAUACACCAUAUGAAUGGCAAUAAAAGUGUGUUCAUGUUAUUUUGAACAAAUUUUGAUUAUUUGAAUAUAAAUUUUUUAUAUUAUUAAAUCAGCAUGCCUAAAGAUUCAUGCUAAUUUUCAUAAAAAUUUAAAAAAUGUAUUAAAAAGUAAAAUAUUGUCAAAUGAAAAAAAAAAACUUGAAAAAAAAAGUUAUUGACACAUUGCAAACGGCACUUAAAAUCAACAGAAAUUGCCAAAAAGUAGGUCAGAAUAUGCAAAAAUAGCUCUUGAUGUGUUAGUCACACAGUAGAAAUAUGGUGAUAGAUACUGCAAAAUCAGUCAUUAAUUGCACACAAUAUGUAAAUUAUUAGUUGAAUAUCUUGAAUCUUUUCACUUUCCUUAAAAUCCUAGUACAUUUUUCUCAAAUUUGAUUUUCUUGAACUAUUUUUGCUUUAGGCAUGCUGCUUUAAUUCUUUUUGAAGCCAGUAGGCAAGAUUAGAUUGUUUAAAGGCACAUUAUGCCUCAGAAAAGAAUUAAUUAUGACUUCUUUAGAAAGAGCAAACAUGGAUUUUAUAACAGAUAAAUAAUGGUUUUAGAGCUUGUUAGAUACUUGUAACCUAAAGAAAAAGUGAUAAAUGUGAGAUCAUUUGUCAUGAAAUUAGCAAAAUGUAAACAAAGUAGUAUUUUGACUUCCAUACAAAAUACUAUAAUCAUUUCCAAAAAAAAAAAAAAAAAAAAAAAAAAAAACAGAA